GGACAUGUCGGGUCGCAAUCGCUACAAAGGGCCAAUUAUAGUGGCGGGACCCACGCCCGCCAGCGCACCCUUCAAAAGCCCGGUAACGCCAUGCUUUUAUUGCCCUUGUGCCAGCUUCACUAUCUCACUCCUCGAGGUCGCAUAUCUUGCCCUGCAUCUUCCUUGCUGUCUCUUUAUCAACACAACCUCGCUCCUGGUAAAGGGCAGGCGCCACUUUUUCCCGAACAAAUUUGACUUGUCUUACAAUGGACAGCACCCCCAACAUGCAGACUCCUACAUCAUCGACUGCUCAAGUUCAUUUUUCCAGUGAUGUCCGCAACAUGGACAGCUGGGCCCGCCGUACAAGCAUCCCGUUGACCACAGCGGAAGCUUUAGGCACUACCUAUGCCCGUGCUCAUAAAUGGUUGCUGUCACUCAAAGCACAACUAAUUCAGCACCACGGAUGGCAGGACGCGGAAGCGGCCGCCGAUGCCCGUAUGCUUUUCACCGUAGAAGCGCCUUCUCCAUGGCGCUCCCCCAGUGGCCUCCCUUUGAGCCCCAAGUUGCGACUGCAGCUCCCCACACAUGCAUCCUCUUUUUUUUCUCCAGAGCGACGCGUUCAAUGGCAAAUGGUGUUCCACAGUGACAUAUUUGCCACCCAGCGACUCAUCGUCCAACCCAUCACCGACAUCCUGAAUCUCAUACAAUGCCUGCUCACCGGUGUUGUCACCCUCGUGUACGAGGAGCAACUACCACAGGGCACCUAUACCACCACUCGGGGUCUCCCGUCAGUGCAGUGGAUAACCAACAACCAAGCCGCCCUCCUUGAAAUCUUUGGGCAUGCCCAUUUCAAACAACUCUGGAAGGCCGCCAAUGACAGAACGACGUCAUUCAAAGUUGACUUUGAACCUCGGCGCCGUUGAUCGUGGAGUGGCACAAAAGCCCUUACCCUGGGGGCCAAGGCUCGCGUGCAACAAGCGCCUUCGUGUAUUCUUCUAAGCGCCAUCCUUUCAUUUCCCCACUUGUGAUCCGCUUCGCUACCUAGUUUGUUCCUUUGCCCUGCGCCGCAUUGUUACCACUCGCAUAUCGUUAAUUCGCUUU